AUGGCAAACAACGCUACGUAUAACCAAUAUACCACAUACGUCACACAUUUAAACGCCUCAACUGAGCUGUCGCAAAACGACCUAGCUACUCAGCAUGAACCUUGGGGCAAUACGGAAAUUCCUCUUGAUCACCUGACGAAUAAUAAUAAACCGGUAACGACAUCAACUUUACAACCAACAAGUAUGAUUACUCUUGCAUCACCCACGAACAGUAGUCUAUCAAGUAAUUCAGCUACUGAUCCAAAUUUCACAAUAUAUCAUCAGGGAUCAAUACCAGGUGUAACGAUUUCUAACAAUCUUAAUCUAAGUGGUGGCAGCGGG